AUGUCUGCGCGCGCCACUGCCCGGAAACGAGCCCGCAUCGAGUCCUCCAAUGACGACGACAACAAUGAUAUUCGGGAGAACGCAACACAAGGCUCAAAGGAGCUGCAAGAGGUCACCGAAGCCAUGCGCACCAGAGACGAAGAAUUCUGGUACGACGACGGCACCGUCAUACUCGUCGCUGGGGACGUCGAAUUCCGCGUCUACAAGGGGAUUCUCUCCGAGGCCUCUGCCGUUUUCCGAGACAUGUUCUCUUUGCCACAACCUCCUGCACCUCCCAUCAGUGGCGACGGGUGCUCCAUAGUUCAUCUAUCUGACUCUCCCGAGGAUCUGAGGCACGUUCUGCGUGUGUAUACGCCUAAAAUCCACCCCAGCCCCUAUGCUACCCCUAAACGCCCCUCAUUUGCGGCGAUAAACGCGGCGGCGCGAUUGGGGCACAACGACGACUUCGACACCUGGCAGAAAUACGACCAACUCGUUCCCACCGGCUUUGCGGAAAUCGAGGCCAUCGGUAUCGUCAAUCUCGCCCGUUUCCUUGGAGAGGAGAGCCUUCUACCGACCGCGCUGUUCGCAUGCUGUCAACUAGACCGGAAGAUAACCGACGGCUUCACGCGCGAGGAUGGCGCGCGCGAGCAGCUCUCACUAGACGACAUCGGACUGUGCUUCGAGGCGAAGACGUGGCUCAUCCAGGAGUCGGUCAGGAUCGCGCUCCGCGCCUUCUGGCCAGAACAGUCGGAGACGUGCAAGACAGGCACACAGUGCAGAAAGGACUUCAAGGCGCUCCUCAGGAACGUCGAGGGGCGGGUGGGCGAAAUGGCGCCGGAGACGGACCCGUUCCUGAGCCCCUUCACCAUCCUGAAGGCCGACGCGGAAGGGCUGCUGUGUCAGGCUUGCCAGGCGAUGGUGGAGGACCGCGUAUCCGAGGAACAACGCGCGGUGUGGGCCAGGUUGCCGGAGAUACUACUGUAA